AUGGCCUCGUCCACCGGGACCGACCCGUUCCCGCCCUUCAACCCUUCGGCCGACCAGCUACACUCAGAGAUGCACCAAGUCAAUGCCCGCCGGCGUAGAAAGUCAAGCGGCCUCGGUGGUGAGAUCCGCGCCGGCGACACGGGUGCCCCUAGCCUGGGCACCUCGGCCAUCAUCAGCAGGAAGGUCACGCCCGCCCCCGAGGUGCGCGAUGGCACCGGCAAGAAGGGCUCCAAGCGGCGGAAGGCCCGCUCCCUGAUCCGCCGCUGCAAAAACUAUUGCCUCAAGCACACCUGGGUCCUCCCCCUCGUGAUGCUGGCCAUCUUUGGCGUCCUCUUUGCCGUCAACCCGACAGAAGAGAACCCCGUCUACCACUUCAUCUUCCUUUCCUACAAGCUGCCCCGCGAGGCCGGCACCGACCCCGAGGCACCCAUACAAUAUGGCAAGGGUCUCUGGGAUAUCGCCUUUGUCACCUUCUACACCAUAGUGCUGUCUUUUACCCGUGAGUUCAUCAUGCAGGAGCUGCUCCGCCCCUUGGCCAAGUACUGCGGCCUCCGCUCCCGGGCCAAGCAGGCUCGCUUCAUGGAGCAGGCCUACACGGCCAUCUACUUUGCCAUCCUCGGACCGGCUGGCAUGUACGUCAUGAGCAAGACCCCGGUCUGGUACUUCAACACCCGCGGCAUGUACGAGAACUUUCCACACAAGACGCACGCCGCCGAGUUCAAGUUCUACUACCUCUUUCAGGCGGCGUACUGGGCCCAGCAGGCCAUUGUCCUGCUGCUCGGCCUCGAGGAGCGUCGCAAGGACUUCAAGGAGCUCGUCGGCCACCACAUUGUCAGCCUUGCCCUGAUCGGGCUCAGCUACCGCUUCCAUUUCACCUACAUGGGUCUUGCCGUCUACGUCACUCACGACAUCAGUGACUUCUUCCUAGCCACGUCCAAGGUGCUCAACUACAUCGACCACGCUUUUGUCGGACCCUACUUCUUCAUCUUCAUGUGUGCGUGGAUCUACCUGCGUCACUUCCUCAACCUGCGCAUCAUCUAUUCUCUUUUCACCGAGUUCAAGACUGUCGGCCCGUACGAGGUCAACUGGGAGACGGGGCAGUACAAGUGUUGGAUCUCGUUCUACAUCACUUUCGCGCUGCUGGCAUCCCUUCAAGCGCUCAAUCUCUUCUGGCUCUUCUUCAUCGUCCGUAUCGCCUACCGCUUCGUCGUCUACAAGACUGCCGAUGAUGAUCGUUCCGAGGCAGAGGAGUCUGAGGUCGAGGAGAAGGAGUCUACGCCACUCGUGAAUGGCACGUCCAAGGCUGCGACAUCCAACGGUGCCGCGCCGGGCUCGACCAAGAACAAGUCCGCCCAGUAA